GGAGAGACUCUGUGGAGGAGACACUCUGCUGCUGCUGCUGCUGCUGAUCCAGUCCUCCAGUCAGUCUGCAGACCACAGACACCAGAGACACCAGAGACCAGAGACUGCUGCUGCUGCUGCUGCUGCUUUGUUGUGUCACUCAGUCACCCAGCACAGUGCACUCAGGACCUCCACAAGACCAGGACCAGCUCAGGACCAGGACCCUUACUGCUCUCUACUUCUCUCCACAGUUUAGCAACAACAAUAUCCAGCAUCAUGGGGAAAGGCUGCCUGACAGCGACCAAGUACUUCCUGUUCCUCUUCAACCUCAUCUUCUUUCUGUGCGGCGCCGUCAUCAUGGGCUUCGGUCUGUGGCUCCUGCUGGACAAUCAGAGCUUCAUCGUCGUCCUCAGUAACUCCACGGCUGUAAAGGUGGCGUGCUACAUCCUGAUUGGCGUCGGAGCUUUCUCCAUGCUCAUGGCCUUCCUCGGCUGCUUGGGGGCCAUUUAUGAGAUCCGCUGUCUGCUCGGCCUGUACUUCACCUGCCUCCUGCUGAUCCUCCUCGCUCAGGUGGCCGCCGGCGCUCUCAUCUACUUCCAGAAGGACGUGUUAAACGAGGAGAUGUCCACGAUCGUCACCAAGGUGCUGGACGGUUACCCCGGCAACAACUCGACCACGGAGCAGGCCUGGGACUUCAUCCAGAAGAACAUGGAGUGCUGUGGCUGGGCGGGCCGUGUGGACUGGAACGGUAACCAGGUGAUCGUCAACAGCUCCCAGCUGCUGUUUCCCUGCUCCUGCCAGAACAUCUCACUCGCCACCGGAAACUUCUCCGACAGCGGCUUCUGCGAGGCUCAGACGCCCGACUGGCCCGUUUACGACACGGGUUGUUCUUCCAGCGUGGAGAGCUGGCUCCUCACCAACAUCGGGGUCGUCCUGGGGAUCUGCCUCGGAGUCGCUCUGAUUGAGCUGCUGGGGAUGAUCUUCUCCAUCUGCCUGUGCAGAAACAUUCACACAGAAGAUUACACCAAAGUGCCGAAGUACUAACGAGGCUCGGUGGAGGAAGAUGAACUGAACAGAGAGAAAGAGAAGAAACAGUAAAAUAAUGCAUUUUGUUUUUAUUUCAUCCUGUAUUUGGUGAAACAUUUUGUCCAAAUGUAAAAUAAUGUGUUUGCUUUUUAUUUUGUUAGAUUCUUUUUGAGGCACUUCUUUUCUUUUCUUUUUAGUUUUCAUCAGUCCAGUUUUUUCUUUGGAGCACUUUAGAGACGUUUCGAAUCAGAGAGCGACGCUGGAAAUGUUUUUCUUCUAUUAAAUUCAGAUUAGACGCGGAGAGAGAAUUGUAAAGUAAGAAAUGACGGAUGAGGUCGCCCGUACGUCUUCUCGGAUUACAGCGUCGCUGGUUUCUCUGUAAAUUAUCGCUUCUUGGUUUCAGUUUUCCCUAAAAAAAUCUGAAGAGAAAUCGUGUUUAUCGUCGGUGACGACAGAAUUUAAAGCUAACGUUGAUUUGGACAACUGGAAAAUCCACCUCGUGUGUGUGGUGAGUUUUGUUUUUUAUAUAUAUAUACACCAGCGUUUUGAGUUAUUGUGACAUGUUUUAGUACUUUGUAUAUAAUUUUAGUCUUUAUUUGUGUGAAUCCAAAAAAGUCUGCCAGUGUUGUUUUCUUUGUUUAGCAGCUGGUUUUUAAAGUCGGUUGUUUUCUUUUUCAUAUUUUCUUAAUUUUUCUGAUAAUAAUAGAAAUAAUUAGAUACUAAAGCGGUACAUUUAUGAUACUUGUUUCUUUAAAGUGUCGCUCCCAGUUUACAAUUGUCUUUUAUGACAAGCAAAAACAACUUUUCUUUUUUUUUAAAGUAGCUUUAAGUUCAUAUUUUACCCACUUUAAUCUAAAAACAAAAGUUUGAGAAAGAAGAUAAAAGUUUAUUUUAACCACUUUAGAAUUAAAAUAUGAGGAAAAGGGGGAACAUUAUUUUGGAGUAGAGGGAAUAUUUUCCAUCUUGGAAAUUUGUUUAUACAGAAAAAAUCAUUUGAAAUUCAUUUUAUGUACGAUUUUUAACUCUCAAGCCAAGAUGUUGUGUUGUUUUUAUAAUGUACAAAUCCUCCUUGUUGUGUUCUCUUUAUGUACAGUCUGUAUGAAAAACAUGCCAUUAAUCUUUAUAAUAGUUUCUAAGAACAGGAAGGGAACGCAUGUUUGUAACUAGAUGGACUUCUAGCUGGAUUAGUAAGCGUGAACUCACAACAUUCAUUCUUUCAUUUUGCCAAUAAACUGAUUACAGUA